CCCUAAUUCAAUGUAUCCUGACACGAUGACAGGUUACUUUUCUGUCAUGUGAGACUGCAACCCCGGAACAGGAAAGGAAAGACUGUAAACACUGAUCUCUCUUCACUUCAAGCCUCCGACGAAUGAAGUAAUCUGAAGGGUAGAAGUGUGUGUGUACAGUACGCGUGUGUCGUCUAAGAGCAAUGUGUUAAAAUAAAAAAAACAGGGUGCACAUUACUCAUGUUUUUGAAUACUAUUAAAAAUCUACCGUUUACACGCGGGAUUCAGGGGCUUUUGGAGGAUUGAUCGACGGUUGUUGCAGGUGGAAUAUGCACUACUUUUUUAUGUACGUUUUUGUAGUGUUGUUUUCCUUUGGGGUUUUGAGCUGUGUGUGCACAUGCAAGCAGAAGAUUCCUGACCCCGAAACGCCGGACUGGAGAAUGACAUUGAAAACCAUUCGCAACGGGAUCCACAAAAUAGACACCUAUCUGAACGCAGCACUAGACUUGUUCGGAGGGGAGGACGGACUGUGCCAUUAUAAAUGUAGCGACGGUUAUAAGCCUGUCCCUCGGCCUGGAUACAAACCUCCCCCUCCUAAUGGAUGUGGAUCUCCUCUGUUUGGUGUUCAGUUUGACAUCGGCAUCCCUUCCAUGACUAAGUGUUGUAAUCAGCAUGACCGGUGCUAUGACACCUGUCGAAGUGACAAACACGACUGCGAUGAACAGUUCCAGUUCUGCCUGGCAAAGAUCUGCAGGAAUGUCCAGAAAACAUUAGGGUUAUCCCAGAGUGUUCAAGCCUGCGAGUCAACCGUGAGUCUGCUGUUUGAUGCUGUCAUGCACUUGGGGUGUAAACCCUACCUGGACAGCCAGCGAGCCUCCUGUAUGUGUCGCUAUGAAGAGAAGGUGGAGCUGUGAGAGAAGCCAGGUCUUGUGGACUGGUGGCAUACUGUAGGAGCAGGAACACUUUCUGUGUUUCUAAGGAGGACAGCCAAAUGUAUUUAUCGUUACGUUAGUCCAGGUGCAGCCCAAUGAACUGCUGCGUUGUAAGGAAUAAUUUGUGUUGAGAAAACGUUUCCUUGAAUAACUUUUAAUUUUCUGCACACAGUGUGUUUAUUUUAUUUUAAAAUUUCACAUUGGUGUUAAGGUUUUGGUAUAUUAAUUGGUUUUAUUUUUUAGAAACGAAAGAGGUAUUUUUGGCUGGUUUCAAGAGACAUUAAUUGCUGAAUCGAUCAAGAAACUCCAUAGAUUAUAAGAUACGUGUCUGGGUAGAAUUUAACUUAAUUUAAGGAUAGUGCCUUAUUACCUUACAAAGUCAUAAACAUGUAUAUUGUGAACGUUCAUGUGAAUGUUCAUGAUAGCAGUAGGAAUAUGAACAGUAUCCAAAGGGGAAAGUGAACUGUUCACUAGCACCAGCACCAGAGGGACCAAAUAUACAGUAACAGCAGUAAUUCUAAGACAUAACACUAUAUCAGCUAAAUUGUAAAACUGACCAGAAGUGAAAUAAAAUGCACUGUGGGUCUAGUGAUCAGCCUCACCUGUAAACUUCUUUGAUUGUUGAGGCAAAACACUGUGGCUAUGAUGUUAAGUAAAAAGCACAUUUUGCAGAGCUUUUUAGCUCUUUUAAUUUGGAAACAGAGUUGGAUAAUCAUGAUAAGUUGAAUGGAAUGUGAUUAUAAAAACAGGUUUUUGCUCAAAGUUAACAUCUAAAAUAGUAUGCUAAUAUACUGAUUUGCACAAGAUGUUUGGAUUAUUAAAUGCCACAGUAUCUUUAAAAAUGUCAAACUUUUGCAGCUACUUGAUAACAAAAUGUAAAUUUUUUUGAUACAAUGUGUCAGAAUGUUUUAUAUAUUUAAAAAAAUCUAGUUUCUCAUAAAGAAUAAGAUAAAUAAUGAAGGAUAAUUUUUUCUGGGUUUGCCUUUUUAUACCUUUUUUAAAGCUAAGACCCAUCAUAAAUCUCAAGGAUAUCUAUGCCCAAACAUUGGGAAAAUAGGUUUGUGCACCUUAAUACACUUGAUAAGAUUUCUUGAUUAAGAAGUCCUAUCCUAUCACAUUUUGUGUCGAUAUGUUUGUGAUCACAAUGAAGUUCAAAAUAAAAGUUUUCCAAACCAGA